GACAUUGAGUGACAUGGACAGUACUGACAUUGACAUGCGCGGCAUGUUUGUUAUCAGCCAAGUGGAGGACAAUUAUAUUUGUUGAAGAAAAGAGAAGCUUUCGCAUAUUAUUAUUUUAUUAUCCAAUUUUUUAGUAAUCCAGAACCAAAAUUCCAUUGUAUAGAAGUUCUGCUUUAGAAUACAAUAAGAGGAUUUCAAGUGGAUCGUGAUCAAACACUAAACGUUUGAUGUAGUCAACAAUGGCAAAUAGUGUUGUUAAGGUAACUGAUGUUACUGAUGAUCCAGAAAGUGACAGUUUGUUAUUGCUGGUUGGUGAAGAUGGUAAUGUUAUUCCAGAUAGGCAAACAGUGGAUAAUUUUCUAAAAUCCACAUCUCGACCUACGAAUAUACAGAUAAUGCACAUUGAUAAAUGUGACCAAAAGAGUAUAGAUGUAACUGUAGAUAAUGUUAUUUAUAUGCCUGAUAAUAUGGACGUCGUUAAUGAAGAUAUAACUACAAAGAUUGGAAACAUGCAGGAUAUUGACACUGUGGCACUCAAUCUUCAUAAUGUAAAACUAGAUCACGAUUAUACAUGCCUAACAUUGCCCAAUCAAGCCUCCUCAGCUCAAGGCGACGACGAGGAUGAAGACGAUGAAUUGACUAACACUCUGAAUAUAAUGCAUGGAAGGGAACGGUUGCAGAGAAAUGCCCCCAAAUCUAUAAUGGUCAACGUGCCUUCGAAACCUUCCAAAGGCAUUAAGAUACUUUCUUCCAUAACUAUCCCUGCACCCAGCAGUCCAGCAACAACUCAAAAAGUCUUGGACAAGAGAGAACCUACCAUUUUGAACAAACCUACCCCUGUUGUAAUAAAAGGAAAGGCUAAGGUAUUGCAUACAUCUCCUAAAUUGCAACAGGAAAAGCAAGAAACUGAACUUAAUGAAAAAUGUCCAACAAAAGGGCAAUCCAAUGAAGAAGAACACGACACAGAAGGCGAAGGGUCUGAAGAUGAAGACUCUGUUACGGAGGACGAUGAAAAUGAUUCAGACUUCGAUAUCCGAGAGGAGAUAUCGGGAGUUAAGGGCAAAAAGGCAGCAAAAUCAGCCCGAGACAUUGAAAAAGCAAAAACACCUCACGAGCCAUCAGUGGCAACACCCGAUACCCAAAUCUCAAAAGUUAAAGUUAGCGAUGCUAAGCCUGAUUGUAAACCCGAAUUAAAAUCCGAGAAAAGCAAUGAGACGCCACAACAAUCGACGGAAACACCAUCAGACAAAUCACAAACAGACCGAAAAACUGAUCAAGAACCCGAAGUAAAACCUGAGGAUGUCAAGCCACCGGAGAAAAAACACCCAAAGAAGAAAAAGGAGCCACCAAAACCGAUCCCAGGAGAUUUUGCGCUGUUUUCCACUCCUGAUAUAAUCCGCAAAGUUGGUGGCAAAGAUCCAAUUACACCAACCAAUCCAGAAACGCCGACCACACCAAAAGGAAUUAAAGGAUUUGAUCACAGCAAGCCUCAAGUUCCAAUGAAAACUGAUCCACUUUCAUCACCGAAAUUCGGUAAAAUUACACCAGAAUCUCGAUCAAAAUCGAUAUCGGAAAUGUCCAGUACUCCCCCUAAGCAGAAUCGGCUCAGUCUAGAUGAAAAAGACAGAAUGGAUAAGGACAAACAUGUACAACACAGGACCAGCAGUACAGAAGGGAAAGGCAAAGACCGAAGAGACAGCGUGGAUAAGCACAAAACAUUGAAAAAUACCGAGGAAAAACGCAAGCUAGAGCAUCUUAGCCGCGAACGACUAUCUUCAGAUUCGAGUUCGGAACGAGGAGCUUCCGUAUCUGAACGAGAUAGGAAACUCUCAGAAUCCGAUAAGCCUGUGCUUAGAUAUUCGAAAAAUGCCGGGGAAGGUCAGGAAAUAAGUGCACAAGAUGUUAGAGCAAUUAUUAUGAAUGAAGAUACUAAAACUUACACAACAAACACCAUCCCAAUACCCGAAUCCCCAGUUCAAGUGUUAAACAACCCAGAGGCCAGUAACUUGAAUUUGGAUGCUUCCGGAUUGGAUCUGGAUCAAUCUAUUCUGGACAACAUCAAUAACGACAUGAUAUCAGAAGACAUUCUUUAUCAAGUGGCAAAACAACUCGUUUCCAAUACCGAAUUGCAGAACGCAAUCGAUAAAGGAAUUAAUGAAGGAGUACUUGAUACAAGCGGCAUUCAAGAUGCUAUGGAUAUAUCAUCGCAAAUGUCGCAAAGUUCAAAUAGUAGCUCGUUUUCAGGAAGCCAACAGAGCGAUGUUAUUAAAGAAGGUACUCAAAUCGUUCGUCCUGACGGAAGAAUCCUCGUCCUACCACCUAUUGAAAGACCGACAACUAGAAGCAGGAACAAACGUAAAGACGAAGUUGCCAAACCUCCUUUCAAACAACCGCCUACUAAAUCGGAUAACCGGACCAAAGAACGGCCGCUCCAUAAACCCCUAGAUGACGAACAUGUGUCCGGUAAUGAACUAGAUAGCUCCGAAGAAGAAGAAUCUGAGGAUGACCCAAACAAAUUGUGGUGCAUUUGUAAUCAGCCACACAAUAAUCGUUUCAUGAUUUGUUGUGAUACUUGCGAAGAAUGGUAUCAUGGGAAAUGCGUCAAUAUUACAAAGGCAAUGGGCCAACAAAUGGAAUCAGAAGGAAAGGAAUGGAUUUGUCUGUUUUGUAAGGAUUCCGCUCUAAGAAGGCCAAUGGCUGCAGCUCGAAGAAUAAAAAAGGCCUCUCGAAGCUCACGGGAAAGUAGCAGUUCUUCAAAAAAAUACGAGAAGGAAAAGUCAGCGAUUUUAAUGCCUUGUGUGGUCUGCCAAAGACCAUCUAGGAAAAACUCGAUAUAUUGUUCGGAAAAUUGCAUAUUGUCACACGCUCAAGGAAUAGAAAGGGUCGUGGUUUUUGAACGAUCAACAGGAAAUAUGCUAACUGGAGCCAAAGCGCCCAGUGCAACCAAUUUAGAUCAGUGGCUGAAACACCAUCCCGGUUAUGAAGUGGUGCGGUCAGGUGGGAAGGUCGUGACAACCAAAGUAAAGCCGGGAAACUUAUCCCAAUCUAAGUUGAAACUUGUCAAAAACGCCAAUAACGAGGGGGUAUCCCUUGCUGUACAGCAAAAGGGAGUUAAUAUAGGUGUAAUGGCGCACUCACCUAAACGUUCGUCGCAAACAAAUCAGGAACAAGGAACGCCCAAAGUCACAAAACUGAUGAAAGUUACGCCAAAAACCUCGGUAGUAAAAGAUUCGAAAAUCAAGCUCAUUAAUCCUCAGCCAAUGCCCACAGUGCUUAAGCCUAAAGAACCACAGACACCGAUCAAGAAAAUUCAAAUUCAGACAACACUGUCUCCAAUAUCGCCUACUUCCUCAAUUGUAAAGAUUGCUAAGAAAGAAACUCCUAAAAAAGAAACUCCGAAGGAAUCUAAAACGCCCAAGCCUCCCAAGUUGAGAACGAAAGACGAUGUGCAAACACCUCAAUCCAAGGCAGACGAUAUCCGCGAUAAUGUCCAAAAAACCAUAUUUGAACAACUUCUUGUUCGGCUUAAAGGAAGUGACAUUAAAUUAACAGAUGAAACUGUGAAAAACAUUUCGAUAGAAAUCGAGACCGAAUUGUACAAAUGUUUCGGCGAUACUGGACAAAAAUAUAAAAACAAAUACAGGAGUCUUAUAUUCAAUAUAAAAGACCCAAAAAACCAAACAUUAUGGAGGCGCAUAUGCGAAAAGAGUAUUAGUUCAUACGAAUUGGUCAGACUGUCUCCCGAUGAUAUGGCCAGUCAAGAAUUAGCAAAAUGGCGAGAACAAGAAGCAAAACAUCAACUCGAUAUGAUAAAAAAGUCGGAAAUUGAACUAUUGAAUUGUAACAGACAGUAUGUUUUAAAAACACAUAAAGGGGAAGAAGUCUUGGAAGAUAAUACCAUAGGCAAUAAAGCGGAUAAUACCGAAAUAAUCAAAAGUUUAACUGAGGGAUCCACAUUGGAUACAGAUGCGGAUGUGAAAAGAAACAACUCCAAAGACCGCGAUAAAUCUCGAGACAAACGAAGCUCUUCGAAGCAUGGCCAUAAAGAGAAAAAUCGUGACAAAAAACGGCAUGUAAGCAGAGAUAAAAGGGAAAAAGAUAACAAACGUCGAUCAUCCAGUCACGAUCGAAGCAGAAGCAGGAAGAGAUCAAGAUCCCGCAGCAAGGAUAGCAAAACAGAAAAGAAAAGGGAGAAGAGAAGCAGAUCGAGGAGCAGAGAUGAAAGGGAACGAAGCAAGGACAGGGAUAAGUACAGGAAGUUGUCAGCCAAAGCUUCUCGGCAUAAGAAAACUGGAAAUACUUCUGCAACAGACAGCUUAGACAAGCGAGCUAUAGAAAUAUUGGAGCAACUGAACAAAAUUGCGCCCCCUGUAGAAGACAGACUGUGGAAGCAUGUCCCACAAGAUGAUAUUGUACCAGGUAAUGCACCGAUGGAUAGUGACAGUGAUCAUGAAGUUCCUACAUCUACAGUUACGAUUCCGACUCCACCUCGGACUCAGGAAGUUGAGGAACUUUCCAGCCAAUUGUCGAUGGAAGGAAAAGCGGUAUCAAAACUGAAAGAGGCGGAUCCCGAGGAGGACAAAGGUCGAUCGCCUUCUGCUAAAGAGCCUCGCGGUGCCAUGCAAAUUUGGUCGGGUACUAUAAAUAUGGUAGAUGUGGCGAAAAUUUCAAUAACCGCUCAUGAAGUAUCAGGCGAUUGUUCCGGACUGAGCAAAGAACUGUCUCCAAGUCUAGAUAUUGUCGGAAGAAUAUCGCCGGAUACUGUAUGGGAGUAUAUUGGCAAAAUGCGCAGCUCCAAUAGCAAAGUUAUAUCACUGAUUAGACUUAAUGCGACAAAUAUAGAAGAACAAAUGCCGUAUUUGGCUUUGUAUAGCUAUCUCAGCAGCAGAAACAGAUUGGGGGUGGUAAAAAGCACAAACAAAUCUAUAAAGGAUUUCUACAUUUUGCCUCUAGCUGCUCAGAAACCUAUACCACAAGCUUUGUUACCCAUCAAUGGACCAGUCAAACAGUGGCUGGAAGCGUCAGUCAAGAAAAUUAAUGAUCGUGUGCAAAAUGGAUUUGAAGAAGCUCGACCGGCCCUUCUGCUCGGGAUCAUAGUGCGAGAUAAACGAAAACGGUCAUAUUUGGACAUCAUGCCUACAACAGCGACUCCACAUAAGAAAACUCGUGUUGAAGUCCACGUGGUUCAAACACAGCCAGCCCGCUCAUAUACGCCUCCUCCCAUGUCUGCAGAAGUUACGCCUACCCCACUUCCAGUGCCUUCAGUGCCCAAAUUGGACCCACGAUUAGCUAAACAUGCUCCGCCUCCGCUACCAUCAACAAGUACAACAGUACCAGAAAUCGUUCCUCCACCUUUGCCAGCAUUGAAUUCACCGUCACUCAUGUCCAAACUAUCACCCCUGAUAAUGUCUAUAGUAAAUCCGGUCAAGUCAAGCACUCCACCGCCGAAAUCUUUGCCAAUUGAAGAUGAAAACCCAAAUGAUGAUGAUGAGCCAUACAGUCCUGAAGACUUUGAUCCGGAAGCGUCGAUCAUCGACACCACUUCAGCUUCUUUGAAUAUGUCGACCAUCAGUGAGUUAUCAAUAACUCAGACUAGUACAUCGACGGAGCAAUAUAUACCAGGGCUUGGAGGUGAUUCAGAUUUAUCGGCAAAGAAAUUAGAUAUCCAACGACAGAUGGAGGAGUUGAACAAACAAAUCGAGCAGCAAAAAUCAGAAAUUACAAGCAUUACUAAGAACAUAGCUACCGCCGAAUCGGAGAUAGUCGGUUCAGCGUUGGCUAGCAUAGCUUUGCCUAGUAAUUUACAGCAGAUUUUGGACAGCAUUAAAACUAUUGGAACCACAAGUUCGGGCGAAUCAAGCACCACUUCGAUAAAGCAAACAUCUGCUCCAACUAAAGAGCCUGAUCUAACUAUUCCGCUAAUUAUCCCGAAAACAUUCAGUAGGCCGUUAACAUCAGGGCAGCCUUCAGAUUUGAGCAGUAACACAAUCCCUCUGAAUUUGCCCGUUAAAUCAAAACUAACACCGCCUCAGAUCAAUUCACUUCUGCAAGAAGAGAAGCCCACUAGUGUUCUGAGCACAUUAAGCGAAGAAGAUCUUAUCAAAAAAGCAGCGGAAAUGUUAAACGAAGAAGAGAGCAGUGUCGGUAAGAAGAAAAUUUCUCCACCACCACCUAAACUGAAUUUUCAGCCACCCAAGAAGUCAAAAAUCGAGGUAUCUUUACCGCCCGUGCCUGGUGUCGAUGACUAAGGUUUGAACGGCGAUUAAUGUAGAUUUAUAUAACUCGAAAUGUCUUAGAUUAUAGGAUGUGAGCUGGUUUUGUCUAUUUUUAGCAACUAGAACCGGAAUCUGAACAAAUCAAUAAUAGAUAUACAAUAAAUUAUUUUAGACAAAAUCUUUAGUAACACUAUCGUUUAUACGACAAAAAAUUCACUCAUUAUUAUUUUUUAAAUUAUUUCUUGAUUUCAAAUUACAUUCAGUUGAUACAUGCACAUGUAUAAAGCAUACAAAAUGAAAUGGCGUUAAAAAAUAAAUUGACAAAGAACACUUUAUACUAAAAGGUACUGUUGUUACAUAUUUAAAUAAUCUUCAAGGCUCGAACUCAAUUAAAAUUUGUUUUAAUUUAUUAAACAAUUUUUUAAUGCUCAUGGAACCUAAAUUUAAUUGUUUUAAAUAAAAUGCUUCAAAACAACAAAAAAAUGUAUAAUGGUCUUGGAUUAUAGUUUUAUUCCGAGAAUAUAUACGCUUGUUAGGCAUUUCAUGGGGUUACACAAUAUUUUAAAUGUGUUCAAAUUUUGCAAUGAACUGUAUAAUAUAUUGUUUAUUCUAAUAUAUUAAUUAAGUAAUUACAACUUCAUAUCAUAUGUAUAUUAAUUGUAAAAUAUUGCUUAGUUUGAGUGAUUUACCAAUUUGGUUCUAAAAUUUACCGAAAAGAAUUAUUGAAAGUUCUGAAUGCGCGCUAACUAACCAGCAACAUUAUUAAGUCAAUUCGAAAUAUAAUUGCUGAUGUUUGAGAUAAGAUAACUACACUACAUUUUUUUAACAUAUUUUCAAGUUUUAUUUUAGGAUUCGAUAAUUUUUCUUUAUUAUGGGUGAUAACACAACCAUUGCUUUAAUUUUAAGAGGAUUUUAACAUAGAUAUUAGAUAUGGUUUGGUUCAGUAAUUAUUUAGAAAUAAAUAUUAUUUCUUUAUGUAUGAGUUAGCAUUUAUUUUAUAGAAUAGUUAGAUACAGUGGAGCCUCGAUUAUAAUAGUUAAUCACGGACCUUGUUGAAACUUGCAAAACUGACUUCAUAGAGCAAAUUGUUCUGACUAAUACGUGGGUAAAAAUUGGCAUCAAGAAUUGUUUACUAAUACAUAAAAAAUUAUUGAACAAAUUUGUACCCGUCAUAUAAUCGUUGCUAUACUGUAUAUAUUGUACAAAUUAAUCAUAAGUUUACUAUUUACAUUAUAUAAGUACUUUGUAAAUAUUUUUAUCCGUUUUGUUUACAGAUAUCUUUUUGCUUCUCUCAGUGUACAGUAACAUGAAAAUCAAAAUCCA